AUGUGGCCUGAUUUGAUUAAGAAAGCAAAAGAAGGUGGAUUGGAUGCAAUUGAAACAUAUGUUUUUUGGAAUGCACAUGAACCAAUUCGUCGUGAGUAUGAUUUUAGUGGCAAUAACGAUCUCAUUAGAUUUCUCAAAACUAUUCAAGAUGAAGGACUUUUUGCUGUGCUUCGGAUCCCUGUGUGGGUUUACAAUCUUCCUGGUGUGGAGAUUCGGACGGCAAAUAAAGUCUUUAUGAAUGAAAUGCAAAAUUUCACUACUUUGAUUGUGGAUAUGAUUGAGAAUGAAUAUGGGAAUGUUAUGUCAGCUUAUGGGGAUGAAGGUAAAGCUUAUAUAAAUUGGUGUGCCAAUAUGGCUGAUUCAUUCAACAUUGGAGUCCCAUGGAUCAUGUGCCAACAACCUGAUGCUCCUCAACCAAUGAUUAAUACUUGCAAUGGAUGGUAUUGUCACGACUUUGAACCCAAUAACCCAAACAGCCCCAAGAUGUGGACAGAAAAUUGGGUUGGCUGGUUCAAAAAUUGGGGUGGCAAAGAUCCACAUAGAACUGCAGAAGAUAUUGCAUAUUCUGUGGCUAGGUUUUUUGAAACUGGAGGCACAUUCCAAAACUACUAUAUGUAUCAUGGUGGAACUAAUUUUGGAAGAACAGCUGGUGGUCCAUACAUUACUACUUCAUAUGAUUAUGAUGCACCUCUUGAUGAAUAUGGAAACAUUGCACAACCAAAAUGGGGUCACCUAAAAGAACUUCACUUGGUUUUGAAGUCAAUGGAAAAUAGUCUUACCAAUGGAAACGUAUCUAAAAUUGAUUUAGGAAGCUAUGUGAAGGCUACUGUUUAUGCAACAAAUGAUUCAUCAAGUUGCUUCUUGACCAAUACCAACACUACCACUGAUGCCACAGUAACAUUUAAAGGAAAUACAUAUAAUGUUCCUGCAUGGUCUGUUAGUAUUCUUCCUGACUGUCAAACUGAAGAAUAUAACACUGCCAAGGUAAAUGUUCAAACCUCCAUCAUGGUAAAGAGAGAAAAUAAAGCUGAAGAUGAACCAGAGGCUUUGAAGUGGGUGUGGAGAGCAGAGAAUGUUCAUAAUUCUUUGAUUGGAAAAUCAAGUGUUUCUAAAAAUACAAUUGUUGAUCAAAAAAUUGCUGCUAAUGAUUCUAGUGACUAUCUUUGGUACAUGACAAGACUUGAUAUUAAUCAAAAGGAUCCAGUUUGGACAAAUAAUACAAUUCUAAGGAUUAAUGGCACUGGACAUGUAAUUCAUGCAUUUGUCAAUGGAGAACAUAUUGGUUCUCAUUGGGCUACAUAUGGCAUUCACAAUGAUCAAUUUGAGACUAACAUUAAGUUGAAGCAUGGCAGGAAUGAUAUCAGUCUUCUUAGUGUCACUGUUGGACUUCAGAAUUAUGGAAAAGAAUAUGAUAAAUGGCAAGAUGGUCUUGUUAGUCCUAUUGAAUUGAUUGGUACAAAAGGUGAUGAGACAAUCAUCAAAGAUUUGUCAUCACACAAGUGGACAUACAAAGUUGGGUUGCAUGGUUGGGAAAACAAAUUUUUUAGUCAAGAUACAUUCUUUGCUUCUUCUUCCAAAUGGGAAUCUAACGAACUACCUAUUAACAAGAUGUUAACUUGGUACAAGACCACUUUCAAAGCUCCACUAGAAUCAGACCCUAUAGUUGUUGAUUUGCAAGGUAUGGGAAAAGGUUAUGCUUGGGUGAAUGGUCACUCUCUUGGUCGUUACUGGCCUAGUUAUAAUGCAGAUGAAGAUGGUUGUAGUGAUGAUCCUUGUGAUUACCGUGGUGAAUAUAAUGAUACAAAAUGUGUUAGCAAUUGUGGCAAACCCUCACAAAGAUGGUACCAUGUCCCUCGUGACUUUAUUGAAGAUGGUGUGAACACAUUGGUUUUGUUUGAGGAAAUUGGUGGUAACCCUUCACAAAUAAAUUUCCAAACAGUUAUUGUUGGAAGUGCUUGUGCAAAUGCUUAUGAAAAUAAAACUUUGGAAUUAUCAUGCCAUGGUCGGUCCAUUUCGGAUAUAAAGUUUGCAAGUUUUGGCAAUCCACAAGGUACAUGUGGAGCAUUCACUAAGGGUAGUUGUGAAAGUAAUAAUGAAGCUUUGUCUCUUGUACAAAAAGCAUGUGUUGGCAAGGAAUCAUGCUCAAUUGAUGUUUCAGAAAAAACAUUUGGGGCAACUAAUUGUGGAAAUAUGGUCAAGAGGCUUGCAGUGGAGGCAGUUUGUGCUAUUUAGGUUAUUUUUUAGCUUAUAUUUAAGUA